AUGCCUAAAUAUAAUUCUAUAAUUUCACGUGCAGUGAAUAUUGUUGCUCAAAAAUUAGCUGGUAUGAAUCCAGAUAUAAUAACUCGUUUUACAAAGAUUUUAAGUGAAGAAGCUCGAAUAAUUUAUGAAGAACUUCUAUAUAGUGGUCAAAAUGUUGAUGUAGAUAUUUUAGCUGCAAGAUUAGAUGGAAUUCUAAAACGAAUGAAAUAUGAACUUCGUAAUAAGGAUCCUGAUCCAUCACCAUAUGAAUUUCCUAUUUUCAAUGUAUCAUAUAAUCCGUAUGAACCUAAUCCUAAACCAAUCAAUCAUCUAUAUAAUAAACAUUAUAAAAAAGUGUCCUCAAAUUUUAUUAAACCAAAUCAACGAACAUAUCCAACUUCACAACAAAAUUUUGAAUCAAUACAAACAACACAUCCAAAUUCAUCAUUAUAUCAAGUUUAUCAACAACAACAACAACAACCAAUUAUUGAUUGGCAUUCUUUAGAACCACCUAUAACAUAUUAUCAAAAACCAAUAACAUCAAUUGAUAAAUCAUCUACUAUAUAUCGUUCAUCAACAGGUGAUAAUAUACGUUCACGUUCAUUAUCACGUUCAACUAGUGAUAGUGAAUUAAAUUAUUCUGUACAUUCAAAUUUUCAAACUCAUCAAACUUCAACAAAAUCAAAUCAUAAAUCGAAUACUAAUGAGAAAAAAUUAAUAACAACAAAACGAAUAUAUACUUCACCAAAUACUGUUAUAGGCUCUCAAACAAUCAAAGAUUUAUUUCAAGUUAUAAACAAUGAAAAAUCUACACUUUCACCAUCAACAUCAACAACUACACGUGUUAUUAUUAUCGAUCGAUAUGAUCCAAAUUCAUCAAAUAAUAAUCAAUCGAAAAAUAAAAAAGAAUUAUUAAAUACAUCAACAUCAAAAACAUCUACUACUGUUUCAACUAGACCUUCAACAGAUUAUGUAAUGCAACAGUCGACUUAUUACAAUCCACGACAGCCGGUUAUGUAUACGUCAAUGCCAAAUAAUAUCUAUUCAACUAGAGCAUCCUAUGUUACUAACACAUCUGGAUAUUAUCCAUUAGUAUACUAUCGAUAG